GUCGACACACACACGGUCACACCUUUUCUCCAUUAUCCUUUGUCUUCGCUCUUUCUCAUUUUUCUUUUCUUUUUCUAUUUAUCUCCACUAUUUUUCUGGUCAUCUUCAACAAGCACGAUAGCUCUAACCUGCGCCUGCCCUUGUUGCAACAAUCCCAUAUUCUUUUCUCGGCCAUACACUGUUAUCACUCUUUACAAAAUGUCUUCACCUAGCAAGAGGCGAGAUAUGGAUGUCAUGAAACUAAUGAUGAGUGACUACUCCGUGGAACCCAUUGAUGAUGACAUCAACAAGUUUAAUGUGGAAUUUCAUGGCCCGAAAGAAAGUCCUUACGAAGGUGGAUUCUGGAAAGUUCAUGUGGAACUUCCGUAUGCUUAUCCUUACAGGUCUCCUUCAAUCGUGUUUGUCAACAAGAUUUUUCACCCAAAUGUUGACGAGCAGUCUGGUUCUGUAUGCUUGGAUGUGAUUAACCAGUCGUGGAGUCCAAUGUUCGAUCUGUUGAAUGUGUUUGAGGUUUUCCUCCCUCAGCUUCUACUCUACCCGAACCCAUCGGACCCACUGAAUGGCGAUGCAGCAUCACUAAUGAUGAAAGACAAAGCCCAAUAUGAACAAAAAGUCAAAGAGUAUUGCGAACGGUAUGCAAAGAAGGAGCACAUUAGAAACAACUCAACAGAUGCAAGUGAUGAUGAUGUAAGCGAUGACGAGGCUAUUAGUGAUGGAAGGAGCGAAAGUGAAGACGAGGCUCCGGGACGUGCAGAUCCAUAGCCGCCAAAGCAACUUUAUUGUCUGUCAGAUUAUUCUGUUGUAUUUGUAUUAUGAAUUAUUCAAGUCAUGUAAAUUAGUACUGCAUUUGCAGCUACAAAAAAAUGUACUAAUAUUUUCCAUCAUAAUAAUGAGGCUAUGAGAAUGUAUACAAAUGGCUGAAUGUGUUUCUGGUUCAGAAACAAAUAUUCUCCGAGCAAAUUUUCAUUUUUGUUGGAGUUUGUAAGUUAUCUUACAAACGACUCGUGCAUGGUCGGUCCAGAUGGAGCUCGUCAUUUCAAGUCGAGCA